GUUAGAAAAGGUUGUGAGAGAAAACAUCGUCGAAGGCCUAGCUGGCCAAACGUGAAGCAGUAAAACGGCGGCUUUAAAAAUAUUCCAGCUUAUUGGAACAAAAAUUAUUUAGAGGGUUAGUCAUUGUAUCUCUAGUGGAUAUAAGUGCAAUAAUUAGUGUAGGAUAUGGGGCUCUCAUGUAUAUUUUUUACGGCGCUGCUUUUGACUGUGUUUUGGAGCGUCCAUGCAGACGAAUUGCCAACCUGUCAGGCGAAAGACUUCCAUUAUGAAUAUACAGAAUGUGACAGUAAUGGUGGCAGAUGGCGAGUAUCUGUGCCAGUCCCUAACACGUGUGUAGAUGGUGCUCCUAACCCACCUGUUAGGGGAAAGAGUUGUGACUUCACCUGUGAAGCUGGCCAGUACUUGGAGAUUCAGGGGGACCAAGAAUGCCACAAAUGCCCAGCUGGGACCUUCUCCCUGGGGGGUGGGGUUCGCUUUGAAGAAUGGCAGGGCAUACCCAAGGGAUUUGCUGUGGAGACUGAGGGAUUCCAAGGACCAGAUAUCCUGUCUUCGACUACUGAACAUAAUAACUGUAGCAACUCUGGGUGGGUUGCCAAAGGUGCCUACCUGUCGGCCAAUGCUGAGGACAGAUGUUACACCAAGCUGAUUUAUACCACUGACUUGGUCCGUGCAGGAUACCUCCGCUUUGAGUAUCAGUUCAGGGAUGAGACUAAUCAGCUUUUUCACAUCAAUGUACAGAACAGUCAGUGUGCUACAUCAACCAGAGGAGGCAACCUCUGGCUAACUGGUACAGAGGAAGGAGAGUGGAAACGCAAACACAUAAAUUUGAAGCAAGGCCCCAACACACUGGUAUGGAAAGUGAUGGCGUUCAACACAGGUCAGACCAAGCAUAGCUUCAAACCUGUCCUGAUUAGAAAUGUGGAGAUAAGUGGUGUUGCUUACACAUCAGAGUGUACAAAAUGUCGCAAUGGCACACACAGUGAUGAGGGCGCCAACAUUUGCUCCUUGUGCAAAGAGAAUACAUACUCCCUUCAUGGCGCUGCUAGCUGCACACCCUGUGACCAACUUACAGAAUAUUCAGAGGCUGGAGCCACCAAGUGUCUGCCCCGUCCUGCAUGCAAGGAAAGUGAUUACUUUGAAUACUUCUUGACAUGUGAUAAAAAUGGACAGACUCAGAAAUUGUACAAAUGGAUUGAGCCUCAGAUCUGCCGAACUGACGUCCCAGGAGCCAUACAACUACCGCCAUCUGGUGAGAAGAAGCCUUGUCCACCAUGUAACCCUGGCAUGCAGCGUGUGGAUAACUCCCCAAACUGUACCUUCUGUCCUGCCAAUACAGUCUCUGACGGCAGCAAGCCAUGUGCUCCGUGCCCUGUGUCAACUGCAGCCAAGUACGAGAUUAAUUAUCACUGGUGGAACGAUCUGCCACAGAAUAUGACCACCAGUUGCGCUCGGGAUGAUGACGAAUUUUGCCUUCAGCGUAUGGGCUGGCAACCACUGGGGGAUCACCUUAGCAGUGGCAAGGGGCACCAGCCUGAAGACUACCUGGUUGUCAUGUUGAGGCUGGGAGGGGUGCAGGGGGAAGCUCAGAUGAUUGGAGGGAAAGCAAAGACACUCUCCACUGUCAGUUUUGUGUUCGACCUGAAUUGUGACCAGGAGAAAAAGGCAUCGCAUCCCUGUAUCUUUUAUUUUACUACAGAAUCCGAGAGCAUAGGCAUGAAUGUGGUCAAAUUUUGGAGUGGACACCAAGAAAAGCAGGAAUUUAGUUUUCCAAUCACACAGAAUGAGGAAAUGGUGUUCUCAUGGGCUUUCCAAGGUGCCACAGUGAAUGAAGAGGCAAGAAUCUAUUCCAUCAAGAUCACAAACACCAUAGAAGGCGGGGCUUCUGUCUGCGAGGAUUGUCCAAUGGGAACACAGAAAGAUGGCUGUGUUCCAUGUCCUGAGGGUCACUACAUUGACCGCAACUCGUCCACUUGUGUCCAAUGUCCAGAAAACACCAUUAUCACCAGUAACAGAGCCUACGGCAUAGAGUCUUGCAUUCCGUGUGGUAAGGGGCUGGUGUCGAAGGACCGCAAGACUUGCUCCAGUGACUGCCACUUCAAAGACAAGGCUGGACAUGAAUAUGAUUUUACUAGUCUCAGGGGGUUCCACACUACAGCGGGCAGCACCCUGUUCACGUCCAGUGGCACCCAGUACUACCACCACUUUAACUUCACUAUCUGUGGUACCACUGUGGAGGAGACCACUGUGCAGUGUCCUAAUAAUGUCUCCACUGUCAGGGCCUUAUUGGAGCAAGAUUAUGCCUCAACUCACUUGGAUAAUGCUACUAACAAUGCCACUACCACUACCACACCUUCACCUGAUACUAUAAUGAAAAGAAGGGCUGCAUUUGAAUUUGACCAAGGAGGAGAGCAACUGUUGGGGCUGGUGAAAAAAGAUAUGACUUUCAUUUUGAAGGAUAAGAAGACCCCCCCAGUGAACUCUCUGGUAUGUCGAAACACCAUCAUUCCUCCUACCCAGGGUGAGGGCUAUCUUGUUGCAGCUCAGCCAGUCAGUCUGGGUGACAGCUUGCUCUAUCUAACAUCAAAUGACACUGACCUCAGCAAGCAGACUAAGAAGAAUUUUGAUGGUGAAGAUUUGGGACUACUGGUGCACUAUGUCCACAGAAGUGAAAUUGGCACCAAUGCCUGCCCCUCUGGCCGUACCACUGUGAUCACCCUGAACUGUGACGUGACGCAGAAGGGACAGGGCAAGAUCCAAGUCCCACCCAAGUGCUCAGACGGAACCUGUGACGGCUGUAAUUACCAUUUCCUGUGGAGCACCGAGCAUGCCUGUCCCAUCUGUAAAGAGCUGGAUUAUGAAAAAGUGAUUGGUCAGUGUGUAAAUGGUGUCCAGGAAGUCCAUUAUUACCCACCUAAACACUGCAUUUUGACCAGUAAUUCCCAGCCUGUUAUUGAGAAGAGGCAUUGCAGACUGAUUCCUUUUUGGGCCAUGGCAGGCAUUGGAGGAAUAGUAUUCCUUGCUGCUCUUUUAUGCGGACUAGUCAUCUUCUGCUGGUCUAAAAACAAGUCUUUGGAGUACAAGUACAUGAAGUUAGUGGAGGGUAGUGGACAAGACGGAGAGCUUCCCGCAGCAGAGACUUGCGCGUUGGAUGAAGGGGAAGAUGAGGUUAUGGACAGCGUUAAAUUUUCAGGGAAAGGUUUCUUCAAGAAACUUAAGUCCAUGGCUGGAAAGGAUGCAAAUAAAGACAAAAGAGGCUAUUUUGAUACUGAUGAUGACAACCCAUUUGAAAGUAUUAAACUGACAGAGAAGUCAAGUUUAACCUAAAGAGCUUUACAACCACCCAAAGACAUUUACAACCACCUAAAGAACUUUAAAUGACCAGAGAGAAGAACUAGACAUGAAUCUUCAGCUGUGAUUAUUAGAUAUGAAAAGGAGACUUGGGCUCUGGAAUGUUUAAAUUCAUAGUAUAGUGGUUGAGUUGUCAUGUAAAAGAAAAAAAGGAAUUGAACAUGCAUUGGUUAGUAUGUAUCAGACAGUGAUUGGUUCUUCAGACAUUUUAUUGUCAAAUGUUGAUGGCCCAGAUGUCGAUAAUUAUGUACACAGUCAUUUUAGUUAUCUCUCCUCUUUUACAUUUACAGAUUUAGGUUAUUUUUUUCUUUAGGUAUUAUAACCGGUUAGAAAUGCUAUGUAUUGACCCUUUCAAUGAACCAGUCAAGUGAAGAGAAAAAUAAAAGGGAAAAAUGUUCCUGUACUCUGGGAACUUGUUAUCUUAGCAGGAUUUUUUUUAUGAAUACAUUUAAAAGUAAACAGCUGCAUUUACUGUAAAUGUCAUUUUGCAGAUUUAAGUGAGUUGGCUAAUUGCAUUUCAAUUAUUUUUUUUUUACCUUACCAGCUCUGUUUGUUUCUCAUCUCUUCUUUGUAAAUAUUUAACAGCUGAGCUGAAUUGAUCUUGUAUCUGUAUGACCACAUACAGAUGUCUGGUGAUAGUCAUUAUAGAUUGUCUCUCAUUACAUGUUAUAGAGGUUUCAACUGAAUUUAUACCAAAAUGUGGUUCUUUUGCAUUUUUUUCUUCAUAACAGCUGAAUUAUCAGGUGCUUUUCAUUAAUCCAAUUUAUUUUCUAUUGUCAGUUGUGCAAUUUGAAGCAAUUUAGUAUUGUAUUGUAUAUAUUCUAGACACAUAAAUUGCAGCUUUUGAAGAAAAUGCCCUAGUCGAGCUACAGCUGAGAGUUAAAUGUCUAGAAAUGUUAACUUUCAUCUUCAAGUUUGAGUAGCAAGCUUGCAAGAAAUAAAUCUUAAGUUCAGAUAACGCUGGGAGGCCUUAUAAGCUGCUGAGUUGCAAAACAUUAGGAGCAUGUGCACACCCUAAAAGAAAUUAAAUUUUCUAGCUUCCAUGUCUCUUUAUAUUGAAUUAAAUUUUUUGUAGCACAGAAUAAUGGGAAAGUCAUUGUCACUUGAGAUCUUAUUUUUCACUAUUCUUAUGUUUACAUUUAUUAGAUGUUUUUCAUAUAUAGUCAUUAAUUUAGCUUUCAGUGUUUACUUUAUACUAAUAUCUCUUUAUUAAAACUUCAGUGCAUUUACAGCUUUAUUUAAAGGAUGGGCUACCAGUAUGUAGAGUCUGUUUUUUCUCAAAUGCAGUGUAAUGUUGUCCUAUGUCAGAUUGUUUGGAUAUUUUUCAUUUUGUUGAUAGUCUGUUUAUGUUUUAAUUUAUAUUUAUUUUUGAAAUAAUAGAAGAAUGUUGACCUUUACUGACAUUCUUCUCACUUUUUCAGACAUUCCUCCCUCCUUAUAAGAUUUAUUAUUAACUUGAUAGAUUGAGUGUCUUUAUCCCCUUAAUUAUAUUAAUAAUCUGUUUAUUAUAUAUAUCUUGGGGGUAACACUGUAUGUAGUGUUUCACCAUGACACAUUAAAUGGCUAACCUUCCUCUUAUGUUUCAUAAACAGUACACAGUUGUCUUAACACAGAAUUUCUCAGCUGUGUCCUCUGCCAAAUCUGAAUGUUAAUAGCCAGUUCAGAAACCUGCUGGUUACAAAGAGUGCAUGCUCUGUCCUCUCUGGGCUUUUUUUUUCUCCAUCUUUCCAUUUCCAUGGCAAAGUUAACAUUGGUUUAAAUUUACUACAGGCAGUUUGCUUGAAAGGAAGUAUUAUUGGAUAGUUUUUCAACUCAGUAUGACGCUGCAUUAUUUUAUAUAUUAUAUGCUAAGGUAAUUUGUGUGAUGGUUUUGUUGUCAGGGUCUAAUAUUCCAUUGCUUUCAAGCCCCAGUAAAUUGUGUAUUAUUAUGCAGAUUAUGAAACCUGUAAUGAUCCUUCAACAAAACUUCCCAAUCCCCCCCCCCCCCUUUUCUUUUACAGGUCAAUACUUCUGUCUUUGUUGUAACAGUGUUCCUAGGCAGCUGUAUGUUGCACCAUAAUUAUGGGACCAGGAGAUUGACAUUCUGUAGUCUAGUAUCACUAUCUUGGCACCAGCUUCCAAGUUGUGGACAACUGCCCACCACUAUGCCACUUACUGUUAAAACAUUCACUGCACAUGUAAUAUUGACCUUUGCCAUAGCUGACAACUGACGAAAAGAUACUAGCAAACACUUCAUGAUGCUUGUAUCCUUCAUGUAAUAACAUUUCAAUUUGUCUUACAGUUAAUUCAGAUUGCCUGACAAAUUUGAACUCUUUUGCUGAGUCCUAAAUGGCAAAAGUAUAUUGCACCCUACAAUAACAGUAUGUUGGUUGUCAGGGUCCUGCUGUUUGAUAUCCUUACGGCUGGAGCCAGUAUGAGGACACCAGCUACUAAACAGUAGACAACUGCCCACCAGUUUUGAAGUCAAAAUAUUGUCCACAAGGAACUUUGACAUGUUUUUUAAGAAUCAAAAUAUGACAUAAAAAUUGAUUUAAAAUAACAUACCUUUUCACAUUCAUUGACAUAUGAAUAGAUCAUUAAAUCUAGAAAAUCUAGAAUAUAUUGCUGCACCAAAUUUGGUAAAUAAAUACUUUGAUGAUUAAUUCCAUUCAAAAUCUAUCCUCCCUCCCCUUUUAUACAUUUUUUAAAAUUUAUUAAUUUAUUUGGUUGGUUGGUUGGUUGGUCGGGGGGGGGGGUAUUUCUUUUCAAAUGAAAUGCAAUAAAAUCAAUGGAGUUUAUAAAAAAAAACUUCCUUGUAAACAAAACUGUCAGACUCCAUCCCCCCCACCACUCCUAAUUCCUCCCAAUGAAAAGUUCAAUGAACUGCUUUAGUGGCUGUUAACUGCCUACUUUACAUUUGUCUGACAAAUUUGAACUCUUCAGAGUCCUUUUGCUAAUUGAUGAUGAAGCCUUGAGUAGCAUUUUGUAGGCUCCCAGGGUCCUGCUGUUUGACCCCCUGGAGUCUGGUGCCAUUAUGGGGACACCACCUACCAAACAGUGGACAACUGCCCAUUACUUUGGCCAUUAAAACAUUCUCUACAAGGAUAAUAUUGACCUUUGCCAUAUCUGUUUAAAAAUAAAAUGUGAAAUAAAGUAAAAAGUGGAAUAAAAAAGUAUAUAACUUCUCACAUUCAUUGACAUGAAUAUUUUAAUAUGAGGUAAAAGCUAGUAAUCUGUUGUUGCAUGGAAGUGGUCAAUAAAUACAUGUUUAAUUCCUUUCUUAAUUCAUCCUCCUUUUUAUUAUUAUUAUUUAAUUUAUUUAAUUUAUUUUUGGUGGGGGGUGUCUUUGAAACUGAAAUUCAAUAAAAUCAGUACAGUUUUUUAAACUAUAUUUUUCCCCUUUUCAACAAAACUAUCACACACCAUUCUCCCUUUCCCAUUCUCCUAAUGCACUGCAAUAAGUUGAUUAGUAGCUGUUAAUGGCCUCCUCUGCUAAAGCAGGAUGUUUACAAGUUCAGAUUCCUCCUGGAUCUGGAAGGACCUUCUACAUUGAAGUAGGAACGGAAAAAUUUUAAAGAAUUCCAGUCUGAACUACGAGUUUCAUGUUUAUCUCUCUGUAUCAAGGCAUUAUUAUACAUGUACAUAAACUGAUAGCUUUUGCAAGAUUUUCAUUCCUUUUAUAAGAUGAUAGUGAUAUAAAAUUGUCCCAUAAGUUUAUUAAAUUGUCAUACAUUCCAUAAAGUGUAAUUUGUGUAUUAAAUACGAGUAUAGUACUAGUUAGGAUUACAUUUUUGUCAUGAUAAUUAUUCACAGUGGACAGAUCAAUCUUUUUUUUUUCCACGGUAUCUUUAAAGUGGACUGCUUUUGUAAUAACUUUAGUGAGCUGUUUGUUGCAGGGAAAUAUGACCCAUUUUGUUACAUAUGGGACUUGUUAGAAACAUUACUGAUGUCUCGUCUUCUUUGAGUAUCUUCUUAAUCAUUAUUUUGUGUAUGAAAUAUAUCCAUAUAUAUUUAUGAGGGGACCCACAUGUGAGCAUAUAUUAAACAUUGGUUAAUGAUAAUUACCAAUGAUAUAUUCUUCCAUAUUUGUGAUUUGUCAGUUU